AUGGCGAAUAUACUUACACUUCCAUCUCUACCGGCGAACCACCGGAAUCUCCCCAGCUGGAUCCAAAGCCAGCCCCUCGCAUCAGUUCAUGAUCUUGUGCAGCCGUACAAUCAAUACGAUGCUGUCGUACGCAAGCUGUUUGCCCAGGAGCCAUCUCAUCCCCUCCUAGAAGAUCCUCAUUUGAAUGUCGUUCCACUGUACAACGAGAAUGGCACAGCCAAUAUCCACAUGCGGGCACGCCAGCUAGAGUCGGAAACCCCGCAAGAGAAAGAGAAGUAUAUUCUACCAUUGAAAGGCGAAGACCGUCGACCCAGUGGUUCUCCAGCGGUGGUCCCGAAGCUGGAAGACUUCCAACGAAACUUCACUAUCUUUUCAGAAGGCGCAUUGAGUGAUUUGGACUGGUCGAAUGUGGUGGUCGCAGGAAGUGCUGUUGUGACUUGCUUACUUCCAGUGCCAGAGAAAUACGAUGACUCGAAGCGUUCGCUGCGCAAAUUCUACCACGAGAAGAUAGCGCCCGCGUCCGAUGUUGAUCUCUUCUUAUAUGGGCUGAGUGAGCAGCAGGCCCUGGAGAAGAUCAAGCAGAUCGAAGACCGGAUCAAGAACACCAUCCUCUACGAGACGACGACGGUCCGAACCAAGAACACAAUCACAAUCGUCUCCCAGCAUCCAACCCGCCACAUCCAGAUUGUCCUGCGCAUCUACAAAUCAGUAGCGGAGAUUUUGACUGGAUUCGAUGUGGAUUGUUCUUGCGCCGCCUUUGACGGAAAGCAAGUCUAUGUCUCGCCUCGUGCUUUAGCCUCAUAUAUUACACAGAUUAACACUAUUGAUCUGACAAGACGCUCCCCAUCUUAUGAAAAUCGUCUUUCUAAAUACUCUCAUCGUGGAUUCGAAGUCUUCUGGCCAGAGCUUGACAGAUCACAAGUCGAUCCAACGAUCUUCGAGCGAAGUUUCACGAGGGUAGUUGGCUUGGCCCGCUUGUUGGUUUUAGAGAGACUACCUAAGCAAUCCGACCGAGACUUCUACAUUGAACAAAGACGAGAGGAACGUGGCCGUCCGGCACCCAAAAGCAUGUCAUGGCGGAGGGGCGUGCGUGGUGAUCUCAAGAGCGACUGGGAUGAUGAAAUUGCGGAGUGGGACAACGAAGACCAUAUCUCCUCAUAUGAGACAUUCAGAAUUCCAUAUGGGCCUAGGUACAACGCUAAGAGAAUCGAGCGACUUAUUUACGCAAAGGACCUGUUACUCAACGCGGAAUGGAACAAGAAAAAAGAAAGACAGGUUGACCUUCACAGGCAUCCCGCUUUCUUUGGGAAUGUGGAGGAUGUUAUCCAAGAUUGUUGUGGUUGUUGUCCCAAACCAAUGUCGCCUGAGGACUGUGAGAUUGCGGAAAAGGAAAGCAAGAUUUAUGUCUCGGGAGACAUUUCCUUCAUCAAGGAUGAUCCUGGUCGCCAGGAGAUCGGAAGUUUCAACCCAACCACAGAUACCGAGUGGACUGAUAUGGCCUAUCUGGGACACACCGAGGUACUUUGCCAGGCGAUCGUUGACUGUGACCUUGAAAAGGUGCGGGAAUGUGUCUCAACGGACGCCCUAAGUGUGAACAGUCGCGAUUGCACGGGCCGCACACCGUUACAUCUAGCUUGCAUGUCCUCAACACCGGCAAUCGUACAAUGCCUUGUCGAUCAUGGCGCGAGGCUGGUAUCUCGCCUGGCGGAUGGCCGAUCUGCCCUGCACCUAGCCGCUGCACGAGGGUCGGUGGAUAUGGUCCGUACCUUGCUCAUGAAGAGUGAGCAAAACGAAGGCGAAGCAGAUAAAUUCAAGGUGUCGGCGAAUGAGGGGAAUGAUCCUAGUUCUGCUGAGGAGGCACAGUCUUUCACUACCGGGUCAUUCGUGAAGGUCGACAAGAAUCUCGAUACGGACAUUGAUGGUCCGCUCCCAAUUGACGACGCGGAAGAUGAACCUGAUGUUUAUGACAUAAAUGCCGCGUCCUGGGAUAGUCGUACAACUGCACUUCAUCUAGCCAUUCUCAACGGCCAUGCUGAUGUGGCCCACGAGCUCGUGUCAUCAUUCGGAGCAGACGUGCUUUUGCCGGUGAAGCUGGUGCAUGAUUAUGACAACAGUCCCAAAGCCGCUAUCUUGAACCUGGUACUUACACUCAAUCUACUUCCCACUGAAGCAGCUACGAUGACCGAAGCUCUUCUGAAGCUGGGCGCAUCGCCAACACAAGCUGAUAUGGAUAAUACCACCCCGUUGACUUACGUCGUUGCCUCUUGGUACAACAACCUUCUGGACGUCUUUAUGAGCUACAGCGCGCCCGCAACGAAGAAAGCAAUUAAUUACUUCACUUGCAGAGGUUCUUCUUGGUAUCCCAAAAUCUUUACGCCGCUCAUUGCGUCAAUAUCGUCAAGGAAUUGUGAAGGGGCACAUAAACUGUUGCAGGCCGGGGCCAGCCCAUUGAUUCAAUUUGAACAGUUCGUCAAGCCUGGUCAAGGGGCUUACGAGCAGCUUCGAGACAGAUCAAAUGAUAGGCUGAAGGAGAUCUUCCGACACCGAUUGACACAGCCUAUCAUGUUAGCGAUCCAACAGGAUCUACCAUUGCUUGCACUCGAGAUCUUGGAACUUGGAGCUGACGCCAAUACACUGACACCCGAGGCCUAUAGAGCUCAGGAUGAGGAUUACCAGUUGGGAAGCAAUGGUGAUGGCAUGUCUUUGCUGGACUGUGUUCGAAAUAAGCUCAAGGCGCUUCGUGCUUAUCCGGAAGAUGACUCAGAACAACGCUGCUGGCAGACAUACAGCUUCGAAAAAGACUAUUUGUCUAAUCUCACUGAGAACACAUAUCAAUGGUGGUCGACAAAAAAUCUUGUGUGGGACGCCAAAAAACAGAAUCGGGCACGCAAUCGUUGGGGCCGCAAUUCCAACAACCAGGGCCUGGAAGAGAAUGGUCAAGCGGAGAAGGAUCUAGCUGUCCAAGCUCUUCUCUCUGAUUUCGAAACCCUAGAAGCUGCUCUUAUCAGUAAGGGAGGCAAGCCUCUCUACGAGCUACGCCCAGAUCUCAUCGAGUUCCAAGAAGAAAGUACAAAGGAACCGAAGAAGCCCAAGCCCUUCGAGCCCGAGUUUCAAUUCCCCAAUGUGCGCGAUAUGACUGACAAAAAGCAGGAAGCCUAUGUUGAGCUAUUUCAAGCAGCUUGGGCUGGCGACCUGGACACAGUCAAGCGCCUUACCUUGACAGUUGGAGACGCAGAAAACGACCAUCUGCCACUGCAGAUUGCUGCGCGCGAUGAACAUGACUUCUCUCCAUUUUCUAUUGCCGCCAUACGUGGGCAUUACCAGCUGGCGAAGGUUAUCCUUAAGAUCGCACAAGCGCAAUUCAAGCCGAAGGAUUCUGACGCGCAUGAAGAAUAUGAGUUGGACCUGGAUGAUAGUGAUUUGUUGCUCGACGACAGCGACAGUAUCGGUUUCCGCAAGAACGUGGUUUCUAGCAAGUUCACCACCGAAGACAUAGGCGAGGCGGUAGAGCAAGUUGAGAGUGAAGUCUCCGCUUAUGAAAUGUUCAACUGGAACUGUCAGGGGGCUAGGUACCUUGCGGCCCAGACCGACAAAGACAUGGACGCCUUGGAGACCGGCGACAAAUUAUGCAAGGACACGUCUUAUUGUCCCAACGGGCUUCUCGAGUAUGCAAUCUGGGUCAACAACGUUGAGCUGCUGCGUUUCGUUUUAAACCUCGGUCAGGAACUCGCCGAAGCAAAAGCUUCACCUGAAAAGAAUGUCUAUCGAGUAUCAUGUAAUGCCUCACGAUUGGCGAUGCGAAAGGGGCAUUUGACCUGUCUCCAAGAGCUUAUUCGACAUACUGGCGCCGACUUGCCUAUGGAGGCCAUGUUACGAUCGUGCGAAGUAGAUCCCACGGAGAAACCAAGGUCCUAUCAAGGGCUGUCCAUUCAUGGCAAGAAGAGAGCGGACUGGGCGGUGGCUGGCAGAGGAAUGACGAACUCAUGGGAUGAAAUGAACGAUCACCCACUUCUUAUGGCCGCAAUUGAAGGAAGUUUGGAAAGUGUCGAGUGGUACUUGAGUCCCGCGCCGGAAAGGUUCUACACAGAGUUCAUUAUAGAGCACCAGCACGACGCGAGACUAAAGGCGUUGGCUCAAGAGGGGGCUAAAACGACGACAGCCCUUACAAAAUGGCUUUCAUCAAAGAGUCAGUUUGUGCUACAUUGCGCGGUGCUUUCAGACCCGUCGGAGCACUCAACCAGAUUGGUCAAAUACCUGGUCCAGUGCGCUCCCGAGUAUCUGGAAGUCAAGUCGAUGGAUGGUCACACCCCGUUAGCAUUGGCAUUCUCCCUUCAUCGGACAGAAUUCGCCCAAAUCCUUAUUGACGCAGGGUCGAAUCAGACCGUCCGCGACAAUAAGGGCAAUAACCUCAUUCAUCUAGCGCUCUGCGACGCAUGCAAUCUCCCAUGCUUGGCACCGGACAGCACACGACAGCUUCUCCAUAUGCUUGAUCCUCGCCUCGCCUCUUCUUUGCUUACUGAGCGCUCUUCCGAUGACCCAGGAUCUCUCACUCCCUUUGCACGCUGGCUUCAUUCUUCGAGCAAUCAGCAGGGAUGGGCGAGAGGUAGCCAGGACGAUAAGAGUGCAGACUUCCAGGCUACUGCACGUUGCGUGCUGGACUUCGGAAGCUCAAUCAGCCAAAGGUUUCUGGAGAUGUUCGACGGUGCAGGAAAUACACCAGUUCACGAAGCGGUUCGCUCUGGCUAUCCUGAGUUGCUGAGGUUGUUGCUUAAGUAUCGUCCAGAUCUGCUGUUCCGUGAAAAUGCCGUGGGAAGUACGCCUCUUGAGCUCGCAACCGACAGCUGGGUGACACAUGUAACUUCGGCCUGCCCUUCAGUCGAGAGAGAAGACCUAACGCGAGAGGGACCUUGGAAUCCCGAGAUGACUUGUGUCCUUGAGCGCUCGACAGAGACCUUUAAGCCGGACUACCGCGCGCCAGAACAUCCGAAGAAAGCCAUUUACAGGAUUGCUCGUGAGUCAGCUGCUCACCACCCAGCUAAGAGACGGUUGGUGAGUUUGAACGAGGCCACGGAGGUAACAAAGCGACUGGCGCUGCGAGGCGAGGAGGGGACCAGAGUCUCGAAUCAGGACAAAGAUGAGUAUGAUGAGGUGACUUGCUGGCACAAGUACGGAGGUCCAAAGCAUUAUGGGGCCUUCUCUGAUGAUAACUGA